UUUCAGGAUAUUGCACGCUUUCGGAAGGAUCUUAAGUUACUAAUCUCAAGUGCAACACUUGAUGCGGAGAAGUUCAGUGAUUUUUUUGAUUCAGCUCCUAUUUUCAAAAUUCCAGGGAGGCGAUAUCCUGUUGAUAUCCAUUACACAACGGCCCCUGAAGCAGAUUACAUUGAUGCCGCCAUUGUCGCUGUUCUUCAGAUACAUGUGACACAGCCUCCUGGCGAUAUUCUCGUAUUUCUUACUGGACAGGAAGAAAUUGAAACCAUUGAUGAGAUUCUGAAGCAUCGAAUAAGUGGUUUUGGAACAAAAAUUGCAGAACUUAUAAUAUGUCCAAUCUUCGCUAAUCUUCCAACGGAGCUUCAGGCAAAGAUCUUUGAACCUACACCAGAAGGCGCUCGUAAGGUUGUACUGGCAACUAACAUAGCUGAAACAUCCCUAACCAUUGAUGGGAUAAAAUAUGUUGUUGAUCCGGGAUUCUGCAAGAUAAAAUCAUAUAAUCCACGAACUGGUAUGGAAUCAUUGCUUAUAAAUCCAAUCUCAAAAGCCUCUGCAAUGCAAAGAGCUGGAAGGUCUGGGCGUACUGGACCUGGAAAAUGCUUUCGCUUGUACACCGCUUAUAAUUAUGAAAAUGAUCUUGAUGAAAACGCAGUUCCUGAGAUACAGAGGAGCAAUCUUGCAAAUGUUGUGCUUUCUCUCAAGAGCUUGGGCAUUCAUGAUUUGGUAAAUUUUGAUUUUAUGGAUCCUCCUCCUUCAGAGGCAAUGCUUAAGGCCCUUGAACAACUUUAUGCACUUAAUGCAUUGAAUAGCCGUGGAGAGUUAACAAAAAUUGGGAGGAUGAUGGCGGAAUUUCCGCUCGAUCCGAUGCUUUCGAAAAUGAUUGUUGCUUCAGAUAAAUAUAAGUGCUCUGAUGAGAUCAUAUCAAUUGCUGCAAUGUUGUCGAUUGGGAAUUCGAUUUUCUAUCGUCCGAAGGAUAAACAAGUUCAUGCAGACAAUGCUAGGCUGAAUUUUCAUACUGGCAAUGUUGGGGACCAUAUUGCUUUGCUUAAUGUUUACAAUUCCUGGAAAGAAACAGACUUUUCAACGCAGUGGUGUUAUGAAAACUACAUCCAG